AUGGCAGCAAACGAAGAUGAAGCAAAUGCUCUUGUUAUUGAUAAUGGAUCUGGUAUGUGUAAAGCUGGGUUCGCUGGUGAUGAUGCACCAAGAGCUGUAUUCCCGUCAAUUGUUGGUCGUCCAAGACAUCAAGGUGUUAUGGUUGGUAUGGGACAGAAAGACAGUUAUGUUGGUGAUGAAGCUCAGUCGAAAAGAGGAAUUCUAACACUUAAGUAUCCUAUUGAACAUGGAAUUGUUUCAAAUUGGGAUGAUAUGGAGAAGAUAUGGCAUCAUACAUUUUACAAUGAAUUACGUGUAGCUCCAGAAGAACACCCUGUUCUACUAACUGAAGCUCCAUUAAAUCCUAAGGCGAAUCGCGAAAAGAUGACACAAAUUAUGUUUGAAACAUUCAACAGUCCAGCUAUGUAUGUGGCUAUUCAAGCCGUUCUGUCAUUAUAUGCAUCUGGUCGGACAACAGGCAUUGUGAUGGACUCGGGAGAUGGUGUAAGUCAUACUGUGCCUAUUUAUGAAGGUUAUGCUCUACCACAUGCAAUUCUUCGUCUUGACUUAGCUGGUCGUGACCUAACUGACUACCUCAUGAAAAUAUUCACUGAACGUGGUCAUUCGUUUACCACUACUGCUGAACGUGAAAUUGUACGCGACAUCAAGGAGAAAUUGUGUUAUGUUGCUUUGGAUUUUGAUCAAGAAAUGAAUACAGCUGCACACAGUUCAUCAUUAGAGAAAAGUUAUGAAUUACCAGAUGGUCAAGUUAUUACAAUUGGCAAUGAACGUUUCCGGUGUCCUGAAGCAAUGUUUAAACCCAAUUUCUUAGGCCUAGAAUGUUCAGGCGUGCAUGAAACCACCUUUAAUUCAAUUAUGAAAUGUGAUGUUGACAUACGUAAAGAUUUGUAUUCUAACAUUGUUCUCUCUGGUGGUUCAACAAUGUUCCCAGGCAUUUCAGAUCGUGUGCAGAAAGAGAUUUCUCAUCUCGCUCCACCAACAAUGAAAAUUAAAAUAGUUGCACCGCCUGAACGUAAAUACUCUGUGUGGAUUGGUGGGUCUAUAUUAGCCUCAUUGUCGACAUUCAAUCAGAUGUGGAUAACAAAACAUGAAUAUGAUGAAUCUGGUCCAGGUAUUGUACAUCGUAAAUGCUUCUAA